GCUUGUACUUCAUAGGCCGGCGAUUUCGGCUCGUCAGUAGUAGCGAUAAAGCCACGGAGGUAAGUUCCGUAGCUCUUCUCCGAGUCUUCCAACUGCACGACAGUUUUCCGCGCCCCGUCGAGUCGCAUCGCCCGGUGCGGCCAUCUGUGAACAAGUCGGUGAACUUUCACCCGAGGAAUGUCGCUCGACGAGAGAUUCAACGAAGCUGCCGAGGAGGUUAAAGCACUGGCAUCGCAGCCUAACGAUGCUGACCUUCUCGAGCUCUAUGCCCUGUUCAAACAGGCCACCGUUGGGGACUGCAAUACAGAGAGGCCUUCUGGCUUACUAGACUUCAAGGGGAAAGCCAAGUGGGAUGCCUGGAAUGGAAAGAAAGGAAAGAGCCAAGACGAUGCUAAAAAGGAGUAUAUAGACAAGGUCACCAGUCUUGUUGCUUCCAUCGGGAAGAAGUAACCUCCCCAAAGACCUCGAUUGCCUCGAAACAUUUCGAUCAUCUUGUAACAUCUGCCGAGACCUAGGGGAAGGGAAAACUCUCCGGCACAAGAGUGAAUAAUGUACUAUGUCGCUGUAUGUCCUAGGCUACGCCAAAAGAAAAACCCAACAAGCUUUUAAAUCCUAGUGUGCUAUACUGGAUAUACACCUGGAGCCGAUACGCUUUGCCACGCACAUUGUCAAACCAAAUAUCAGUCUAAGAGGAGUGACUCGACAACAUUUUGUUUUCUUACUUGUUUAAAUUUGGAUAAUAAAAGUUAAAAACUAAUAAAAAGUGCUUAAAAAA